AUGGAGGGCAAGGUGCGCGAUGGGUACUCGGAGACGGCGGACGUGCUGCAGCGGUACUGCAGCACGACCCUGCCGCGGCCGCUCACCACCUCCGGGCCGUUCGCCUGGCUCCGGCUGCACACGGACCAGAGCAGCGCCGACCAGGGCUUCCACAUCACCUACUCCCAGAUCCCAGGCAUACCGGGCUGCGGCGGCGAGCUAGCCGGCGAGCAGGGCACCCUCUCCACGCCCACGCACAUGCAGCGGUACCACCACAACAUGGACUGCGAGUGGAGGAUCCGCGUACCGGGGAACGAACGCGUACAGCUGGUCUUCGAUAGCUUCGAACUGGAGGGCAGCUUCAACUGCAUCUUCGACUUUGUCGAGGUGCGCGACGGCCCUGACCCGGACAGCCCGCUUGUCGGCCGAUACUGCGGCCGCAACACGUUGCCGCCGCCCUUCGCCGCCUCCGGCAACGAGCUGUACGUCCGCUUCUACUCCGACUACAGCGUCUCCCACGGCGGCUUCUCGGCCACCUACGACGUCGUGUGUGGCGGCGUGUUCUUCAGCGAGUCCGGCGUACUCCGGUCGCCUAACUUCCCCGAGAACUACCCGCACGGAAAGCGAUGCGAGUACCUCAUCCGACAGGAGCCCGGCCGAGCCAUCGUUCUGCAGUUCCACGACUUCCUUAUGGAGAACAGCUUCGCAUGCUUCUUUGAUUACCUGGAGGUGUUUGAUGGCCGAGACUCCUCCUUCCCAUCGUUGGGGAAGUUCUGUAACGAGCCUCCGCCAACUCUGAUAUCUAGGCACAACUACAUGUACAUCCUGUUCGUCACCGACGGCAGCGUUCACAAUCGGGGAUUUCUGGCCAACUUCACUUCCAUUGACACAGAAUGUGGCGGGAUUCUGGUCGACCAACAAGGCACCAUUAACUCACCUACACACCCGGAGCAGUACCCAAACGGCAUUACGUGCAGUUGGGUAAUCCACCGACCUCCAGGGGAGAUCGUGCGGCUAACCUGGUUAUCGUUCUCGCUGGAGGCAGCGACUCGCACAGGCUCCUGUUACGACUCUGUGUCAGUGUAUGACAACAGCACGGCGGCGGCCGGCACCAACGGCGGCCUCAUCGGCAGACCGUACUGUGGCCAACGGCUGCCUCCCAUCAUGACCACGCUGGGAAACGUGAUGACGGUGAUAUUCACAUCUGACACUAGUAUAACCCAUGAUGGAUUUGCGGCCUCCUUCAUCGGUCUGAACGCGUCCACACUGUGUGGCGGGACGUACCACACUAUUUCCGGCGUGCUGACUUCCCCGAACUUCCCGGGACCCUACCCGCCCAGCAAGGAGUGCACCUGGAUCAUCGAGGCGCCGCAGAACCAACAGAUCAUGCUCAACGUCUCCCACUUCGGCAUGGAGGAUCACUUCGAAUGCAACUAUGACUACCUGGAGAUCAGGCUAGUGUCAGGCUGUGACUACCUGGAGAUCAGGCUAGUGUCAGGCUGUGACUACCUGGAGAUCAGGAACGGCGGCUCGGCGACGGCGCCGCUGAUCGGCAAGUACUGCGGCACCAACAUGCCGCGUCAGAUCUCGUCGCACGCGCACCGGCUCUUCCUGCACUUCCGCUCGGACGGCUCACUGAGCGGCGCCGGCUUCCGCAUCUCCUGGGACGCCACGGCCACCGGCUGCGGCGGCCGACUGACCGGUCCCCGGGGCAGCAUCAUCUCGCCCAACUACCCGCAACCGUACGCCCACAUGGCCGUGUGCACUUGGGUCAUCGCCGGCAACGCCGGUAACAAAGUGCGCAUCUCCUUCCUGGACAUGGACAUCGAAGGCAGCGACACGUGCAACAUGGACUACGUGGCGGUAUACGAGGGAGCCGGCCCCUCCGCCGUGCUGAAGAAGCGGGCGUGUGGCUCCGACCAGCUGGACGUCGUCGAGUCCAAGACCAAUAUCAUGACCGUCAAGUUUGUGACGGACUUCUCGACUGCAACAACAUCGUGA